UUUGUUUGUUUCUGUUUGUUUGCCUUCCAAACUUGUGUGAAAUUUCUAUAGUAACUUAUGAAAUUUAAUACAGUUGUGUUUAAAGUUUGUCCGUUUUACCGAUUUUUGGUGAACAGGUGAGUCAGAGCCGAGACCUUUAUGUAUAUUACAGAUAUUACAUGAAAGUAAAUGUAAACAAACGAGCAAAUGUAAUUGUAACAAACGAGCAACGUUUUUUCCCGGCGUCCGUUGGAUAAUUCAAUACAUUUCAACGAUCCUAAGCAUAAUGAAGAAAGCAUCAUCUACGAAUGUACCGUCAGCUAGUACAUCGCGAUCACCCGAGCCAGUGAAGAAACGGUUGAAGUUGGACAGCAAAUUGAAAGUCGGUGAUUUUGUGCAACAGUUUGCUGAUUGUCGCAAGGAGACGGCCAAAUCGAUACUAGAUUUCGAUUUUAAGAAAAAACGUGUAAGAGUUCUAUCCGAUGCGAAGGAAGUGAGGGACGACAAAUGCGGCGUUAUGUACUGGAUGUCGCGGGACGCUCGUGUGCAGGAUAAUUGGGCAUUCUUGUAUGCCCAAAAGCUUGCUUUGAAGAAUGAGCUGCCAUUACAUAUUUGCUUCAGUUUGGUGCCUAAAUUUCUCGAUGCUACUAUAAGGCAUUAUAAAUUCCUGUUGAGGGGCUUAGAACAGGUGUCUGAGGAGUGCAAAAAGUUGGACAUAAAUUUCCACAUGCUUACCGGGAUGGCCAAGGAUACCAUUCCCAAGUUUGUCAGAGAACAUAAAAUAGGAGCAGUGGUGUGCGAUUUUAGUCCACUACGCCUACCCACUCAGUGGGUAGAGGAUGUCUCAAAAGCUUUACCACCGGAGGUUCCGUUUUGCCAAGUGGAUGCACACAAUAUUGUGCCCUUAUGGGUAACUUCGGAAAAACAGGAAUACGCAGCCAGGACUAUUCGAAGCAAAAUCAACAAACAUCUUGAUACAUAUCUGACAGAGUUUCCACCGGUUAUAAAACAUCCACAUAAACCAUCUUUCAAAGCUAAUCCUAUCAACUGGGUUAAGCUACAGGAUAUUUUGCAAGUAGAUAGAACUAUAGACGAAGUGGAUUGGGCAGUUCCUGGUUACAAAGGAGGAGUUGCUAUGUUGCAAAGCUUUAUUGAAGUGAGAUUACGGAAGUUCAAUUCCAAACGUAACGAUCCGACGAAUAAUGCUCUAUCGAAUCUCUCGCCCUGGUUUCAUUUCGGGCAACUUUCCGUUCAACGAAGUGUAUUGGCUGUUAAACAAUACGGCAAAGGGUUCUCGGAAGGAGUGGCAGCGUUCUGUGAGGAAGCAAUCAUUAGACGAGAACUCGCGGAUAAUUUCUGCUACUAUAAUAAGCACUAUGACAGCUUGAAGGGUGCUCAUGAUUGGGCUCAGAAAACGCUUCAAGAUCAUCGUAAGGAUAAACGAACGAACGUUUAUACACGAGAAGAAUUUGAGCAGGCUAAAACUCACGACGACUUAUGGAAUGCUGCGCAGAUACAGAUGGUUAAAGAAGGCAAGAUGCAUGGUUUUUUACGAAUGUAUUGGGCUAAAAAAAUUUUAGAAUGGACUCGAACACCAGAGGAAGCAUUAGCGGUUGCAAUUUUUCUGAACGAUCGCUACCAGCUGGAUGGCCGGGAUCCCAACGGAUAUGUAGGUUGUAUGUGGUCAAUUGCCGGCGUUCACGAUCAAGGAUGGCGCGAGCGAGACGUAUUCGGUAAGAUUCGCUACAUGAACUAUGAAGGCUGCAAGCGCAAGUUCGAUGUGGCUACUUUUGUAGCGCGCUAUGGAGGAAAAAUGCACAGAAAGAAGUAGGUCAUAUGCUGAUCGUCACAAGUAUUUAUUUAAUUUUAAUGUAUGGUGGCUUGCUUAAAAAAAGGCUAGUGUGUACAUUGUAAGCCACCAAAACGAUCCGAAAUACAAAAGAAUCAUGAGCACUAUCUCAAAGGAAUCUUUAGGACACUUAAACCAAAAAAGUAACACACAAUAAAGGUAGAUAAAAAUAUG